AUGGCUGGUAACACUGCACCAGUAGACAGGUUAUUAUUUCAUCUGCAUUCGACUCAUGCCAAUUUAGCCUGUAUUGAUCCUGCUGAUAAUCCUUUCAGCCUUCAGACAUUAAUUGUCGUCAUGUCGAUAGGAAUUGCUAUCAUCGGGAGCGGCAUCUUUGCGCGCGAGGAACAUCUGUUCUUUUUUUCGAGAGAUGCUCUAGCAUUCAUUGACCUCUAUUGGCAGCCUGCCGUUCUCGCCGCAAAAGACCUUACCCUGAAGGCGAUCUAUUCACGGUCCCUGAAAUCUGCGCAGGGCCUGGCUUCCGGGCUCUCAGAUGUCGAUCUGUAUUCUGAGGAUUCUGGUGCAGGGAAGGGUUAUGCAGAUCUGCUCGCCCGCCAAGAUAUCAAGGCUGUCAUAAUCGCACUUCCUAUCCUAGUCCAACCAGAUUUUAUCCGAAAGGCGCUGUCUGCGGGAAAACAUGUGCUUUCAGAGAAACCCAUAGCAAAGGAUCUCGCAACAGCUCAAGAACUCGUGCAAUGGUAUCACUCCAAUGUCGAUUCCAAGAGAAUCUUCUGGGGGGUGGCGGAGAAUUUCCGCUACUUCACACAGUUCUUAUACGCCGCCGAGCAGGUGCAGAAGCUGGGCCGGGUGAAGAACUUCCGUGUGAACGUUCAUACGAUGACCAAGACGGAUUUCAAAUAUUACCUGACUGAAUGGCGCAAAGUCCCUGAAUAUCAGGGUGGAUUUCUCCUAGAUGGCGGUAUCCAUAUUGUUGCUGGUAUACGUUUGCUCCUCGGUCCCGAGAAUCCCAUCACGACGCUGUCGGCGCAUACAAACCUCCUGCAAGAGCAUCUCCCUCCGGUUGACACAGUCGACGCGAUCAUGAAGACCAAGUCUGGCGCAACCGGAACGUUUUCCGCAUCCUAUGGAUCUGAUUUCAAGGACUUUGGGUUUGAGCUGUCCUGUGAAGGAGGAGUGGUAAGCGUGUCUCGUGACGGAGUCUUCGUUAACGGAGAGGACCAGCAUAUAGCAUUUGAUGGCAAGGGCGUGGUACCUGAAGUUGCGGAUUUUGCCGCGUCCAUUGCGAAAGGGGGACCCUUGGAUCGGAGACAAUGGCCUGAGGAGGCACUGGCAGACCUGGAAAUACUCGAGAAGAUGUUGAGAAGCGGGGAAAGGGAUGGCGAGAAGAUGGCAUUGUCUUUGCAAGGAUAG